AUGCCAUCGCAAAAAUUUCAUUCGGAAUUUGUUCUCGUAUUGAAUGCAAAAAAGGAUGAACUAUCGAAACUAAAGCAUCAAAUUGAAUUAUAUCAAGAUGAACGUUCUUCUUGCUCAAGGGAAAAUGUUGUGGAUCCAUAUAAUAAUAUGCAUUCUUCAAGUACAUCACCUAGACAUACAACAACAGGGAAUUAUAUAGAGUAUUCAAUAAAUAAACGUCCUAGAUAUGAUAUCAGUGAUAUCGAUACAAGUGAAGAUGAAGACAUACGAGAUGUCGAAAUGUCAACUCGAUCAUUAGUACAACCGAAAUUUAAGAUUGUUGAUAAUAAUCGAGAUGGGUCACUGGAUUUAGGCGAUGAUCAAAUGGAUUAUAAGACAUCAACAAUUAGCAAACAUCAUCAACGACGAAAUUAUGUUACUGGUAUCAAUUCAAUUUCGACACGUCCAUUUGUUAAUGUCUCGACAACAACGGCAAUGCCAUCAUUACCUGACGACUCUCAAACAGUCGAUGAUUUAUUGAAUAAAAUCUAG